AUAAAAACAUGCCUCACUGAUCCGCCCAAAUAACUUCCAAGUUCCAACUGCUACCGAUUUCGAGCGAAGCCCAAAAAUGUCAGUCUCUUUGCAAUCUCCGCCCUCCUCAGCUGUCUCGUCUUUCCAGGGAACAAGGCUGAGGUUUUCCAAUGGAUCUCCAGCUUCCAAUCUGCUCUUCAACUUCCAGCGAUCAUUUCCUGUCAUUCGGGCCUCCGCUCUCGACACCGGUUCAACCACAGAAUUGGACCUCGUCUCUAGCUUCAGUGAGAUCGUUCCAGACACCGUCAUUUUCGAUGACUUCGAGAGGUUUCCUCCAACCGCUGCUACAGUGAGCUCUUCCCUACUCUUGGGUAUAUGUAGCCUCCCUGACACCAUAUUUAGAAAUGCUGUGGAUAUGGCAUUGGCGGAUUCAGAGUGUAAUAAGCAUGAAAACUCCGAAUUGAGAUUGUCAUGUUUCAGUAACAAGGCUUUAGUGAAUGUUGGUGGUUAUUUGGCGAAACUAGUUCCUGGCCGAGUGUCUACUGAGGUGGAUGCACGUCUUGCUUAUGACACGCAUGGCAUUAUCAGAAAGGUAUUCGUUUCUUCCUGGUAA